AUGAUACUUGCAGAAAACACUGAUGGGCCCUUCUAUCGGAUUAAAAACAUUGUCGACUACGAUACCACGAAGGCAGCCUAUCAGGAAGAGCUAGCUUACUUUGUAUCCCUAGGACAUCAUCAAAGCGAGAUGGACAAGAAGAAAUCUGUUGGUGGCCUCAAAUUGCUCAACUAUUUGUCCUCCUACUUGGUGACACAGGAGUAUUGGCUUCAGUGGUCUCAUGCAGGUGCCAUCAAGGCUGCUGAAAUUCUCGGUGUUCGUCCUGAAGAUGUGCCAAGAAUGACAAAUCAUCUGGAAUCUCACAAUAACCAUCUCAAGGGUGACUACUUCCAAGAUCACAAGCACGGUGGUCGGCUCUCAUGCAUUGAUGUCUGGAUAUUCAUUCUCAUCAUGCAGGUUAUUCCCGACUUCUUUGCACACCGCAACAACAUGGACCAACUGUGCAAUCACUAUGACUACCUACGUACUGCCCCCAAGGCAUGCCUAGCUUACCCUGCUCCGACUGUUCUCUCCGAAUCUGUAGCUGGAGAAUCUCUCACUGAAUAUGAAGCUGACCUGCUACACACUAUGCUCACGGAUGACUCGAGGACUAAUGACACAGCCCAGACUGAGCCAGAAACAGAGAUGGCUUUAUGUUCCGGCAACUCAGACUGGUCCCUCACUGUAACUAUGGCUUCAACUACGAGACACAGUCCUUCUCCGAUGUCUGAAGAUGCCCAGGGGCUUGAGACAUGUGGAUCUCAUGAGCUAUGA